CGUGUCCAGCGCUCGUACAGUUCAGACUACGCGGUUUAAGUCGCUCUACUAAGUCUCGCCUUAAGUAAACAUCAACAAAGUGUGUGAACUUGAAGUUGGUCGCGUGUCGUGAGGAAUAACAACAAGAGAGACGCUUUUUUUUCGGGGGGUGCAACCUUGGAUUACGCAACGUGCAGUGCAUUUGAAUCGUUGAAUAUCGGCAAGAAGAUGGUGAUAGCCGCUGAAGAGCAACUGAGCCAAGUGAUGGCUCCAGUGAUGAAGGAGUGUGAUGGGGAGGGAUGUUGUGCUCCGGUUGGGGUGACGGCCAAGCGUGCCCUACUGGUGGCCAACAUCGAGGAACGAGUCGUGGUGGGUUUGUCGGAUGCCAUCCAGGCGCUCGCCAAAACGCCGGAGGAGUUCCUGUUUUGCUUUAUGGCGCCACCCAAGCCCGGGGACAGUGCCACCCACAUGCACGAGGUCCUGCUGCAGGCCUUCUGCUUCGAGCACGACAUUUACAUAAUCAAGAUUGACAGUGCGGAAAAACUAAGCCGCUUGCUGGGCUCAACCACCCUGCAGUCCUGUGCCCUCGUCCAGAAGACCAUGUCCGCGGACCACCAGCACGAGAUCCUGUCCAAGGUCGAGGACCAGCUGGUGGACUACUGCGAGGAGCACUGGGAAGAUCCGGUCAAGCCAGUGGUCAAGCUGCCGGAAAAGUAACCACCGAAACCCCACGCUUUUGGUGAAAAAAAACUGACCCGCAAGGAUUAACCGAGCCGAACCGGCUCAACCGGCGAUGAAUUCCAAGCCGCGCGCUGGGGUUUCCCACCUAAGUUGGCGUUGAUCGCCGAGUCACCCCACAAGAAGCAACAGCAAGCGUGUGCAGUUCAGUGUGAAUGACUCGAGGCUUCGUGGACCCGGUGAACAGUAGUAUGAAAAUAAGCAGCGUUGAAGCGCUGCCGUCUAGACAAAAUAGUGCAAAUAGUUGGAUAGUUUUAGAAAAAAAGUAGGACUGGAUAAUUGUGACCGUAGCGGAAAUGUGUUAAUUGUGUCGGCAGGCCGUCAGUGUGAAAUAACAACAGAAAAACACAAACAUCACACAAAAGAAAAAGAAAACACAGAAAAAUAUAGAUAAUUUGAUUAUAUUAAUUAAA